CUCGCUAUAAAUGGCUGGCCUAGGACUAUGUCAAUAGAUGGCAGUGUAUGGACAGCGCGCGGGUGAUUUUUAUUUCAUCCUUUCGAAUCCACAUAACUUUUGAUAAGAGCAAGAAAAUCAUCUCCUCUUUUACUUCCCUCAUUUCCGCGACAACUCACACACCGAAAGAAAGAAAAGUUUAUAGAAACGUUUGACAUACCAAAGAGAAACAUGACCCAACAGUUUUACGGCCAAUAUCCAACCGCUGGUGGCCCUCCCGGUCAAUUAGGACAGCCUCAGCAGUCACCGUCAUCUGCCUACUACUCUCCAGUAGAAUUGCCAGCUUCCUUCCCCCCAGUCGAGCUGCCAGCUUCAGUACCAUCCACAUAUCAACAACAAGGCCCCCAAGGUCCGUCACAAUCUAAUCAGUACCAACAAUACAAUCAGGGUCCUCCGACGCAAUAUCAGCACCAGCCCUAUCCACCUCCACAGGCGCUGCCGGCACAAUAUGGCCAAUAUCCACCAAAUACCUACCAAGGCCCUAAUGCCAACCAACAACCCGGCGCUCCACAAUGGCAGCAACCAGUACAAUCUCACCAACACCACCCCGUGCAGAGUCACGGCUAUGGUGUGGCUCCAACUCCCGCAUCGGUGGGUUAUGACCCUGCACAGAGAGCAUACUAUGCUCCCGUUGACACUUCAGCGGACGUGGAAGUUAUCCGCAAGGCCAUGAAAGGCUUUGGAUGCGACGAGGCAGCCUUGAUAAGUGUUUUCACAUCGCCGAGAUAUGAAAACCCAUGGGCGAUGGCGCAGCUCGUACAAGAUUACAGCAGCCGUUUCGUUCGGGAUCUAGCCGAUGAUAUCAAAAGCGAAACGCGAGGUGACUUAGAGACCUUACUGCUUGCCUUAGUUCGAGGUCCAUUGGAGCAGGAUGUGAGGGUUCUCAUCAAGGCGCUUGAUGGCUUUGGUACUGACGAAGAUGCGCUGAUGGAUGUCCUUCUCUGCCGCUCUAAUGCAGAUAUUCGGGCGAUCAGUGACGAGUACCGGCGCAUUAAGGGCCAUGAUCUCCUUAUUGAUAUCAAGGGCGAUGUUGAUGACACGUUGUUUCGCCUAUAUAGUAUGGUAUUAGCUGCCACCAGGGCUGAGGACAUGGCGCCAGUGAACCCUGAAGAGAUCGACGAAAAAGUAACGGAACUGCAGUGCGCAACUGAGGGCAUUGUUGGCGCCAACGCUAUUUCUGUUGCCCAUAUCUUCACGGGGUCCAACGCCGCGCAGCUAAACGCGAUAUCAGACGCGUACGAGCGCAAGUACCAGCGCUCACUCGAAGAUGUCAUCGGCAAGGAGUUCCGGGGAGACGUAGAGGACGCGCUGCUGUACAUGCUAGAGAGCGCGGUGGACAGGGCACGCACCGAUGCGAAGAGACUGGAGGAGCCACUACACAAGACGAUACGCAAGGAUCGACUUUUUAUCAACAGGGUCGUUAGUCUAUACUGGAACCGGAGUCGUUUAGAGGCGGCCAAGUCUGCCUAUGAGAUAUAUUCGACGGGUGGGGUGUCCCUCAGUGACUCGGUUAAGAUGAAUCUGAGUGGGGAUUACAUGGAGGCGAUUCUUGCUCUGCUGGCUGAAAAGAGGUAAACAGGACGUAGUAAGGUUUCCGUUUAGUUAAAUGGGCUAUAAUGUCAGUAUGAAUGUUGGCGUUCC